GACACGCAUUUGUUUAUUACCUCCGACUGCCCUCGUCAUGGUAACCAGGGUGCACAACGACGCGUUGGGGUGGGCGUCGGUGGCGUCGGUAGCGUCAGAACGUUCCACGCCGGCUUGGCUGACGCGUCUCCCCACAACCACAACACUGCCAACCAUACCGGGUUAAAUAAUACAAGUUAUGCCAUCAGCCAAACACAUGAUCAAUUAAUAAAUUAUCAAAUCAUCAACAACGCAUCAACAUCGACUUCGAUUGGAGAUCAGCGCGAAGCAGAAGCAAUGCCACGACCAAGUUUAAAGAAACCUGAAGGAUCGAAAAUGGGCGAUAGAAUGCGUCGGACGCCAUCGUCUGCAUAUCAACGACCUAAAUCACGCACCGACACAAAUCCACCGAGUCGACUACGAGGUGAUGGUGGAGGCGCCAGCAGUGACGAAGACCUCGCCAAACAGAAUACUGAUUUACGACAGCGGCUUCACGAUGAAGCCGCCCUGUACCGCAAACGUCUAGACACCUAUCGCAUGGCCCAACAGAACCAAGCAACGCUCGUCAGUCGAUUACAAGCCAAAGUAUUACAAUAUAAACAACGUUGUGCCGACUUGGAAACUCAAAUCCAUUACACCCCCGAACCCCAGCCACCCACAUUUCAACCGCAAACCUUGCUAGCUGCACCCGGUUCCGCCUUGGAACAGGCCCAGCAGCAUCUACGCGAGGUACGCGAAACGCAACACGAACGCAUCACUGAUCUAGAAAUGGCUCUCGCGAAACUCGAAGAAGAACGGCGUAAAUGCGAACGGCUUGUCACACAAAACCGCCAAUUGCAUGCCCAACUGGAGGAAUCACAACACACCAACGAAGACCUCACUGAUGAUUUACAGAAACUCACGCAUCAAUUCGAAGAACUACGCGAGGAGAUGAUGUUGAAGGAAGACGAGUGGAAAGAUGAAGAACAAGCGUUCAAUGAUUACUACUCUACUGAACACAAUCGCCUCUUGAGUUUAUGGCGAGAUGUUGUUUCCAUCAAGAGGUUAUUCAUGGACGUGCAGACGUCCACCGAAAGAGAUCUCGGUAAACUAAAGAAUGAGAUCGAGACGUCUGCGAAGGAUGUUGCGUUCGGUUGUGGGAAGCUAGAACGAGGAAUGCGAGCAGAAUCAACGCUGAGCUUAGUUGAACCACGUGGUCAGUUUAAUUUGGAGAAUGUUGAACUUAAAUCACAGCUGGAUUUGAUUAAAUCGCAGUUUGAGAGUCAGAAAGCUGAUCUACGCAGUAAGGAAGAUAAGAUUCAGGAACUACACCAUGAAAUUCAACUUUUGGAAGACCGUUGUGCCGAUGCUGAACAAUCCGUGUCUCAAGUAUUGCGCCUACAGGACGAAGUAGAACUACUUCAGAAUUCCCUUCGUGAUAUCGCUCAUGCCCUAAUUCAAGACUCAGAAGGAUCACAUAUUAAAGAACAAAUCCUUUCCGGUUCUCAUGUGCACUUGUCCACCUCCACUCCUGUUGCACAAAAGUCUCCAAAACGCAGCGCUCGUGGUGCACUUACUUCCAGCAAUACAGCAUUUGCAGAAUCUACGAUUUCAGCCGUCCAGGCAGCGCUCCACAAACACCAAUCUGUCAUCCAUGAAUUACAGGUGAAACUGCAAUCGAAUCGCGAACAAUUCCACUUGGUACGUAAACAACUCGAAUCGUCCGAAAAUCAAGUCGUAGAUUUGGAGCGACGUCUUCGCGAAGCCGUAUCACAACUAGACGUAUGUAAAAAUCAGUGCUCUCAAUCAUGUCAAGAACGCGAAUCUCUCCAGAAACAUCUGGAAGCUUUAAAAUCGGAAAAAUCAACUCUAGACAAACAGAAAUCUGAUGUUUCCAAUGCUUUUGAUAAUCUCCAGAGCGAUUUUGAUAAGAUGCAGAAACAAAAUUCUAAAUUACAAAAAGAUAUUAAUAUGUUAGUGGAUGAAAAAGUCUAUCUGCAGAAUGAAGUCGAUCGUUUGAAUCAAGACAGUUCCCUACGUGAAAUGAAUCUGAGAUCCGAAGAGGAUCGUUGUAGUAGAAUCAGAGAGGAACUCUUGACCACCAGAGAGGAGCUUAACAAACUUUAUUUAAACAACGACAUGUUAAUACAACAAAAAUUAGAAGGAGAGUCUUUGGUUCAACAUUUGGAAAGGGUUAAAGUUGAUUUAGAAUUGCAAUUGGAACGCGUAGGUAAUGAAAGAAGUGCGGUUCAUGAAGAUCUCGUAAAGAAGGAGGCCAUGGCAUCUACUUUAGACUUAGACAAGCGGAAACUCUUAGAAGAUGUCAAAAGAUUGGAGCAAGAAAAGAGUCAACUUCAGGGCCAAGUUAAUGAUCAUUCGAGUGAUAUUCAAUCACUACGAAAAGAGCUCCUGCAAGCAGAACAAUCUAAAUUAGAUUUAGAUUCGGACAAAGUGACUCUAAGCGAAAAAGUCAAAUUCUUGGAGAUUGAGAAAGGAAAAGUUGAGAUGGAAUUGACACAUGUCGUUCGGGAUCGUGCAGAUUUAAGCAAUCAAUUGACUGUCUUAUCCAGAAAGAAAGAUCUCGUCAUUGAGGAACUUACAAGAACCAAACAAAAAUUGGAACAACAGCUUGAGACUAACGCUAGAGUAAACAGAAACUUAGAGGAAUUGGUACAUGAAUCCGAAGAGAAACAAUGUUCUCUAGAUGCCUUGGAUAAAGAACUACAACGCUGCCAGGAACAACUAGCGUCAGUACGCACAGAAAAGGAAGCCCUGGAAGCUGUCCUGUUUGAUACACAGACUAAUUUGGAAACUUGUAACGUAAAAAAGACCCAACUAGAAAAUGAAGUGCAAGAAUUACUUGUCAAAGAAGAAUCAUUUAAGGGACAAGUUCAACGUCUGCAGAAAGAUCUAGAACGCUCGGAGAAACGAUCCCAGGAAAUUAAACAAAGUCUCACUGCACAAGCAGGCACCCAAGAAGUUGAAUUUCAACAUAUUGUAAGCAACAUGAAGACACAACAUGAAGAAGCUGUUAAAAAACUUACAGAAGAACGAGAAUUUAUUCGCUCUUCACUGGAAAAACGCCUGCAGCAAACAGUUCAGCAGAUAACCUCAGAAAAAGAUGCAGAGAUUGCACAGCUCGUUGAUCGUUUGGAAAGUUUACAAAGUCAUGUGGAGAAUCUAAUACAACAACAUGAGGAGCUUAUGUUACGAGCAGAAAAUGAUAAACAACAAGCUUUAUUAAUUGCGCAUCAUGACCAGCAAGCUUUACAGGAGAAAUUAGAACAAACUAAACGAGAUUUGAGAGAUGAACGCGAAGCUCUUGAGAGGUUCAAACGAGAUAGUAAUGCUACCUUUGACCAAAAUCGUAUUACAAUCAAUCAAACCAAGGAUGAAUUAAAUAAAAGUAAAGCUAAGUUGGAAGAAACAAAAACAAAAUGUGAAGAAGAACGUGUUAAGUUGCUAUCAAAAAUUGAAGAACUACAACGCGACCGGGAAACUUCACUAAAUGAUGUACAGAAUCUUAAAGUACAGGUUCACCUUUACGAGGAUAAAAUAGACUCCUUAACAAAUAACCUUCAUGACACUCUUAGAAAACUUAAGGAAUAUGAAAACAUCGGUGAUGGUCUGCGUAAAGACCUCACCGAUGUGCGUCGACAGUUGAGCGAUUGCAACUUUGAAAAGGAGAAAUACCACGCAUCUAACAAAGAACUUCGUGAGUUGGUAAAGAAAAUCGAAGGAGAAAAACGUGACCAAACACGACAACUCGAAGAAACUCAUCAAAAGUUGUCUACUUUGGAGGAUAUCAAAACAUCGCUGGAAAGUGAAAAAACUCGACUGCAAAGUGUUAUGCGUGAAGCCGAGAAAGAUCAGUUACAGAUUGAACACAAGGUUCAAUCAUUAAUUGAAGAACUCCAGAGGAAAGACGCACAGAAUAAUCAAUCUGCUGCCGAGGAGAAGGAAUUACAAGCACGGCUUUUGAACGAAGUCGAAGAACGUGAACGAGCACAUCAGGAGGUUCAUACCUCGAAGAAACAACUUGCGGAGUUGGAACGUAAUUUAGAACAAACCCGCAAAGAGUUGGCGAUUGCACGAGCACAGCAAGCACAUUUAGAAGAACAAUGGCACGCUAGGGAGCAGGAUCUAUUGGUACACUUGGAAGAUUGUAGAUCACGAGAGAAACGUCUAGAAGAUCAAAAACAUAAUUUAGAGGUUUGUUUAUCAGAUGCGUCACAACAACUGCACGAAUUGAAGACAAAGUUAUCCGCUGGAGAAUCCCGUCUGAGAUCAGUAGAAACCCAAUUGGGACAUGCCGAAACUCAGAAACGAGAUGUAGAAUCCAAACUUACAAGUGUUGUGUCUACAUUAAGACGUAUUGCUGGUAUACAAUUGGAUGGUUCCAUAACACCACAAAGUCAACGUUUAAUGAGUCCAUCAAGACGCUGGAGUCCUGCCCGUACAGGAGAUUAUGAUAAAUACGACAAGCAUGAAAAAUUAGACCUUAUAACCGACAUUGAUCCCGAAUCUGUGCGUAAAGGUGUGAGGAAUUUAAUGGCGCAGGUGGCACACGUGGAACGUGAACGCGAUGAUUUAAAAUCGCAGAUUAUCACUGCGAAGAAACAACUUAAAGAAGCUACAGAAACUCAGAACAAAGGAGAUACUAAACUCGCUAAGGUUAUGAAUAAUCUACGCCAUGUGCAGGAUGAAAAGGGAGCAUUAGAAGCUAAACUUGGCCAGAAAGUUGUGGCUUACAAUGCUCAAGCGGAUGCAUUGAUGAAGAAGAAUGAAGAAUCGCAACAACUGCGUGAUAAACUCACGAAUCUUGAAGUUAACCUUACCACUUGCCGAGAAGAUAAAAAACAAUAUGAGGAUAAAUGUGAGAAGUUUAAGAUGGCACUGCAUAAACUAGAAAGUGAAAAACGCGCUCUACAAGAAGAGUUAGGCAGACUAGAAAGCAGAUCUGCUAAAAUGGAGUUACAAAGAAUGGCAGCAGAAGGAGAUUUACAUCGUUUACAGAUGAUGCUGCAGGAUCGCGACGCCAUUGCCCAACAACAAAACGAGAAAGCUGAAAUUCAGGCCAGGACAGUUGCCAGUCUAGAGGAGAGAUGUGCGUCGUUAAAAUCUACAAUUGAUCAGUUAAAUCAAUCCCUUGAGAAAGCAUCCAAUGGCGAAUCUGAAUUAAAGGUUGAGAUUCAAAGUCUACAAAGGAGUUUGCUAGAAAGCACCACACAAAGUCACACAGGACAAGAGAGACUCAAAAAUUUGCAGAAAUCUUUAUCUAACGCAGAGAAUGAGAAGAAGAUUUUAUCAGAGCGUCACGAGGGUUGUCAAAGGGAACUUGGGGAAUUCCGUAGAAAUAAUCAAAUUUUACAAGAUCAAAUCAGUCGGUUGAAUAAUGAAUUAGCGAAUUGUGAGGUUCAACGGUCAGGUUUAGAAAGUCAAUUACGCUUGUCACAAUGGCCAGUUGAUGCAUCUAUUGGCGGUCAUCAUGAAGAAGAACUCGUCAGGCAAUUGCAAAGCGUCCAGAGGGAGCGGAAUGAUUUACGUGGAAAAGUAGAAACAUUAAAUAAUAAGAUGCGUCAAAUUGAAUCGGAGAAUCGCCAUCUUGAACGAGCAAUGUCCAAAACCCCAUCUCGCAGUAAAUCCUACGAACGCCAAGAAAAAUACGAACUGGAUUCAUCAUUAUCCGACCGCUACACUCAAAAAUUCGAACAGGAAAAUCGUGAAUUACGUUUGAAAAUCUCCAAACUCGAAUCAGAGCUCGCUGAUAAAGAAUCGGAAUUAUCGCGUCUUAAAUUACAUUCUUCCUCAGAUUCGAAGUAUAUUUCCGGUGAUGCUGAGCGUUAUCGCGCGGCUCAAUUACAAGCCGAGCGUUUACUAGAUGCUCGUGAACAAAGCCAUCGUCAGCAAGUACAACGCCUCGAACAACAAGUGAGCAGUCUCCGAGAACAGCUGAAUCAGGAGAUAAAACGCCGGCAGCAGUAUGUAAUGCGCAGCAGUCGUGCCGGCCGUGAAAUGCAACAAUUACGACAAGCUCUCGGUGAUUCCUUACGUACAGUCAGUCAAGAUCCCUCUCUGGAUGCGCUUCUUCUUGAACAAGAAGCACGGAAAUUGGAUCACACUGCCUCUAGCACUGCCAGUCUUCCACCGGGCUUAAACUACGACUCUUCUCAACCACCAUAUUAAUAAUAAUAAUAAUAACAAUAGUCAAACACCAACACGAGUGCGUAGUGAUUUCAAUGCUGCACGUUUGUAAUCUUUUAUAAUUCGGUAGUGUACGCAACGAAGACAUUUUAAAACUUAAUAGAAAUUCACAUUCACCUCAUUGAAAAUGAUUAAUAAAAGAAUUAUUCAAA